AGGGGGGAGCUAGCGGCGGAGUCUGGCGGCAGCGUCGCGGCGCUACAGGAGCGUCUGUCGGGCUUUGUUUUGUGGAUGUGACGGAGCUCCUCCAGAAAUGUGGACGGAUUUAAGGACACUGCUACUUUUUCAGGCGUUCUUCCUCGGGCUCGUUUCCUCGGAAGGGACGGAUGAAUGCGAGGAUGGACAGUUUCAGUGCAACAACAAGAGGUGUAUCCCCACCAUCUGGAGGUGCGACGACGACGACGACUGCUCAGACAACAGCGAUGAGGAGAACUGCCCCAGGAAAACGUGUGCCCCAGCAGAGUUUGCCUGCUUUAAUGGACAGUGUGUCCCGGGGCGAUGGCGGUGUGACGGGGAACCAGAAUGCCCAGAUGGUUCUGAUGAAGCCGAGGAGACCUGCAGCAAACAGACGUGCCCUCCAGAGAAAUUUGACUGCGGGGGAUCUGCUAACAAGUGUGUCUCGUUGUCAUGGAGAUGCGACGGGGAGAAAGAUUGCGAGAACGGGGCGGAUGAGGAGGACUGUGCUGCUGAUGCCAAGGCCUGCCCCAGCGGAGAGUUCAUGUGCGCCAACCGCAAAUGUUUGGCCGCCAUCUACGUGUGUAACGGUGACGAUGACUGCGGAGAUGGCAGCGACGAGCUCAAGUGUGGCUCCCCACUGACCUGCGGGCCCAACCAUCUCCGCUGCAACACCUCCGAGUGCGUGCCUCUCAUGUGGAGCUGCGAUGGAGACCCUGACUGCUCCGACGGUUCGGACGAAGGGCCGGAUCGCUGCGGUGGCGACGGGGCCCCAUAUCUGCACCGCAGAGCCAACUGCACCGCAGGCGAGUUCCGCUGUGCCAAUGGGGAGUGUAUUCGGCUGACCUGGAAGUGUGAUGGAGAUCCCGACUGCAAAGACAAGUCGGAUGAGUCCGACUGUCCUCUCCUGACGUGUCGUCCCGAUGAGUUUCAGUGCGGUGAUGGUUCCUGCAUCCACGGCACCAAGCAGUGUAACAAAGUCCAUGACUGUCCCGACCACAGCGACGAGUCUGGCUGUGUCAAUGCCACCAAGUGUGAAGGGCCCCUGAAGUUUCAGUGUAAGAACGGAGAGUGCAUCGAAAGCUCCCGGGUGUGCGACUCUGUCAAGGACUGCAAAGACCGGUCGGAUGAGCCCAAAAAAGAGUGCGGGCUGAAUGAGUGCAUGAUCAAUAAUGGCGGGUGCUCCCACAUCUGCAUGGACCUACCGAUCGGUUUUGAGUGCCAGUGCCCCACCGGCUACCACCUGCUGGACAAGAAGACGUGUGGAGACAUUGAUGAGUGUGAGAACCCUGAUGCCUGCAGCCAGAUCUGCAUUAACUACAAGGGGGACUUUAAGUGUGAAUGCUACGAAGGGUACGAGAUGGACCCCGUAACAAAAACCUGCAAAGCAGAAGGGAAAAGCCCUUACUUACUAUUCACUAACCGGCAUGAGAUCCGGCGCAUCGACUUGGUGAAGAGGGAUUAUAGUCAGGUGGUGUCUGCACAGAGGAACGCCGUGGCUUUGGACCUGGACGUGGCCAACAACCGUGUUUUCUGGUGUGAUCGGUUUCACCGCAAAAUUUACAGUGCGUUCAUCCACGAGGCCAACGACCCGUCCCAGCAGGUGCCGCUGGUUGAUUCCUCUCUGCAGACCCCUGUGGGUUUAGCUCUAGACUGGCUUCAACACAACCUGUACUGGACAGACUCUGGGGACAAAUCCAUCUCUGUGGUGUCGGUGGACGGCACCAAGAGGCGCGUCCUUAUCAACUCUGACCUCAGCGAGCCGCGGGCCAUUGCAGUAGAUCCCCACCACGGAUUCAUGUAUUGGUCAGACUGGGGCACACGGGCCAAGAUAGAGAAGGCCGGUAUGAAUGGAGUGGACCGACAGGUGCUGGUGUCCGAAAACAUCGAAUGGCCCAAUGGCAUCACUCUUGAUUUGGCCAACAGGCGUCUGUACUGGGUGGAUUCUAAGCUGCACCUCAUUGCCAGCGUGGACCUCAACGGCGCUCACCGCCGAACGCACCUCUCCUCAGCAGACACGCUGGGACAUCCCUACUCUCUGGCUGUUUUUGAGGAUCGGAUCUACUGGACGGACAGAGACAGGGCAGCAGUCUUCAUGGCCAACAGGCUAACCGGCCAAGACAUCCAGGCUCUGGCUGAAAACCUCAAUGACCCUCAUGACAUUGCCGUCUUCCACCAGCUCCGACAGCUGCAAGGCCCUGACAGCUGUAACCUGGGCAGUGUGGCAAAUGGAGGUUGUGAGUACCUGUGCCUGAAGGCCCCACAGAUCACUGAGCACUCGCCCAAAUAUACCUGCGCCUGCCCGGACGGUCAGGACCUGGGGCCCGACAUGAGGGGCUGCGUGCCAGGAGCCGAGCGUGAGGAUGGGACACAGACUCCACCACCUCCCUCUGCAGUCUCACCCGACAGUGGAUUCACCGCGCCGGAAGGCUUUCCUCCACCCUCACAGGGAGUCUCUCAGGCAGAUGCAAUCCCCUAUUUGACCACUGCUCCCUCUGCUUCCCCUGAGCCUCUCACAGCCCUCAGCUCCCUCAAGCCUGUGUCCUCACAGGAGUCAAAGGCGUUGGGCUCUCACUCCACAGCAACCGCCAUGGUGAUUUCCACCACGCCUGCAGGGGACAGCAGCAUCUCCCAACACUCUGGAGGUGAGCAUUUCCUUAUGGGUGAGAACCUGACAGUGGCAGUGCUCGGAGUUGUCAUUCCCAUUGUUCCUAUCGUUGCCACAGUGGUGUUCGGCCUGGUCUGCGCCGGAGUCUACCUGGUGUGGCGUAACUGGCGUCGCAACUCUACAAAAAGCAUGAACUUUGACAACCCAGUCUACCGCAAAACCACCGGCGAGGGCGAGGAGGACGAAAUCCACAUCGGGCGGACUGACGCCAUGGGACACCACGUCCACCACCACCCAUUCCCGCAAGGAGUUAGCAUGGGCGUCGUAGGGACAGGAGGGGGCACCUGCCCGCAGUUCAUCGCCCUGCCACUUGGAAGCAGCAUGCCCGACCCCGGGACUCACUGGUACACGGAGCAGCCCAUGCUGUCCACGGCAAAGUGACCCGCUGAGGCCACAGCCGGAGGAGACAUCUGCUCAGGCCCGCAAACACACGGGGAAAGCGAGGAAAUUGGAUGGAGGUUGUGGAAGCAACGCGUCACCGAGUCACGCGGCCAUGUCCUGUGCCAACUUUCAUUUGACAACCACCAGUUCUGAUUAAACAAAGACGGUUUUCCAGCUCCGAGCUGGAGAUCAAUCUCUUCACUGAAUGCAGAGAACUAAUUAAGAUACUAUCCAGGCUUUCAUCUAAGUUCGAUUUCGGAGUCAGAUGCUUUGAUCUUUUCCAUGACAGCUGAGUGAGACGUGUGCUGUGCUUCAUGUUUUUGUGUCACGAUUCCCCUUUGUCCUCAAUGGGUUCAGUUUGGGCUGAGUUAUUCCUGCCCGGCCGUGGAGCUCCGGGAGAAGCUGCUAGGGAGGGAAGAGCUGUGAAAGUGGGACAGCCCGAGCGUCGGUGGGACAACCUGUACAGAUUAAGAAUUGAUCACACGUCUUCACUUGAGUUGUGUAUUUACCAUUUCUACUUUCUGGAAGUUUAGUUUAUGAUGAUCACAGAACCUUUCACGGGUAACUGCAUCGACAUUUCAAGUUGUAUUUGAGCACAGUUUGGUUUUUAUUUGGUGUUUGAAUCCCCGGAGGUUCUGCAGAGCGGACAGAGGCGUUUGCACAGAGGCUCUUUCUUCUUUAUCGUGAAUUGUUUAGAUGGUAAAUUGUCUGAGAAAAGCAAUAGGUUGUAGCUGUCAACCAGCUGCCGUGUCGGGUGGCUGACAGAAGCCACUGAGUGUUAAUGAUUUCCUUUUGAUGACCUGCUUUUGACUGUGACACACGCAAACACACACGCACGCAAAUUGGCGGUACUCUGCAGAGGACACGCGCACCCCCCUAAAGCAUAAUCAGCAUGCACUAAUGAUUGCACCCGGUCCUCCGUGGGCGUGCACACCUACAACACACCCGGCUCUCGAGGUGGCCAUGACCGGCACUGACAGCUCCGGAUGGUGCUGUGCUGCAAAGUCCCGGCUGGUGGCAGAGAAAGACGCUUCAUGUUACAAAACCUUCAGAAGCAAAAACUCUGACCCACCCGUCCUGUAAAGCGAGCGCGUGCCAUGCUGGUUAAGUCUUUUCAUGCACUCUCAAACGUGCGUGCGUGUGAUCGUUAGCAUGCACGUGUGCCAACUUUCAUCCCACAGCCAUAUUUGAACUGUUUGUAUGCUCUUUGUUGCACAGCCCUCUUGGAAUGCCUUCUGUGUUGUGCUUUGCCUGGGAAAGAUGUGUGGAAACACAGGUGUGUGUCCUGCGUGCGUGAGAGCGUGUGACGCCCAAGCUCUGAGGGUUUUUUUGAUUUUGUAAAUAUGUUUUCAUAAGGUUUUUGAUAAUGUAUUCUGUAAUUAUGUAAAAGAAAAGUUGUAUAUAAGAUUUUAGAUAAAGUGUUGGUUGGAAUAUUAAUUUAUUUGUACAAAGAGAAGCACUGUUUCCCCUGAUUGGGAGAAGUUGGCAUUUGCCCACCAAAGUGAUUUGUUUGGUUUGUGUUGUUUUAUGCGGUGCAGUUUUUUGUUUGUGUGUGUGCAACUCCUCUUUCUUUGUUUUCACACAUAAAACAAGGCCUCUGUCUUAAAAAGAACACAUUUACAUUUCUUAGUGAUAUGUUUUGUUGUAUGUGCCUUUUUUGUUCAACUUUUGACUUUCUCUCAUGAACAGAGCAGGGAUCAACUAACUUCUUUACAUGCAACGAUGAGCCGUGUGAAAAGCAAACUGGUUCCACUUUUUCAUUUUCUGUAAUGGACAACUUUUAAAUAUCUCUAUAUAUUGAUAUAUAAAGAUCAAUGAAAAACGCCUC